ACCAAUUGACACAAUGGAUAAGGUAGACGUUCUCUCCGUUUUUUAUCAUGCAGUUUUUGGCUUAGCUUUUUACUUUUGCUAAAAAUUCCAAAUUGGAUAGUCUUUUGCGGUGAUCCAAACCCAAUCUUAGCAUAUUUUAGUCAUUCCCAAAGCAUAAGAUGCGAGUCGUCAAUUGUCAAAAUGAGCCGCUCUAUACCGCUUUGCAGGGUGCUGCUUGACAGUAUCUCCAUUCCGUAUGCACAUAGCACGGGUUCAUGCUAGUAAAUACUCCAAAUAGUGGAAAAAUGCAUUGGGACACCCCAUGCUUCAAGACCACUGAAUAAAUACUCUCGUUUGACACUAGAGUAUUUUCCGAUAGCCAACCACAGUCCGUGGAAUUGUCUGAGGGAGAGAGAGCGAGAGCGAGAGCGAGAGAGGGGAUUAGAAAGAGAGAAUUCGCAGACACUGACGCCUGAACUUUCUCUCUCCAAAACAAAGCUCCGUACUUUAACCCAUCGAACCAUAAAAAUGACCAUGGAGCGAUCCAACUCAACGGAAGCCGCUAAGUCCACGGUUCUAUCAAUCGAGUGCCUGAGGGGGAGCUCGACCGGCGACGAGUGGACCGGAGACAUGUUGCAGACUGGAGACAUCGUAGAAGAGCUGAAGAUCGGCAGCCGAACCAGGCCCUUUACCGCGCCGUUUGAGAAGGGUAGAGCCGGAGUCCAGAAAAUCCUUCACAACUCGUUCAAGGAGAAGACCACGUCGAUCCUGGUCCGAGUCCGCCGUGGUCGGGCUGACUUCGCCGAGUUCGCCGAGUUACAGGCGUGUAUCGUGCCCAACGAGUCGGCCGGGAAAAAGCAGUAUAUGCUGAGAUCUAUAAGUGAUCCGAACUAUGCAGUUGGAUUCGUUGAUCGGACGGAGGCGGACUGCCUUGACUUGCAAGCUACAAGGACAUCGAGGAUGGUGAAUGCAAUAGCUACGACCAAGCUUCAAGAUGGAUAUGUCCCAUACCCAUGGGAGAAGAGAAUGCAAGAAACGCUACCGAUUCCCAAUUCAAGCUGUUUUCUUUCCAUCCUUUUCCUUCCUAAAGCCUCGGACAGAGUUGCUUCUCGGCCCAACGAUUUGGAGGACACCCUUGCUAGAGGAAAUGCAUGGCUUAAUGCCUCUCAGGCAUCAGGGGUGCCUGUAGUUUUCAUGAAUAUCCAGACUGAAUCCUUGCUUACCAAGAUAUCCGGAGAGACAGCUUCUUCUACUGUAAAUGCCGGAUCAUUGACGGAUUUGACAAGUCUUGCAAAUACAAGCCUAUAUGGUUUUGAGGAUUACCAUGGGGUAGAUAUUGGUUUAGUUAGAGCAGUUCGCCUCUGGUACUCUCCUCUUGGAGGAGAGGUUUCUUUUGAGAUUAAAAUCAAAGAAACCGACUUGAAGCUUGGUUUUGCCAUUAGCCGCACAGAAGAGGGUUUCAUUUACAUUUCUUCAGUCGUCGAUGGAGACGACAACGCAACUUCAACCCGAUCAGGUCUCAGCAAUCUAUACAAAGAGGCAGCAAGAGCAUCUAAACGAUUAGUAAUUUCCAGAGUGUCCAACCAAAAAGUUCUCCCCUGGAUAGUUUCCACCACAGGCGCAGUCAGAUGCUUUGAUACCAUCUCUCUCAGCCAAAAACUCUCAUUGCACCUCCACGCUAGGGUCCCUAUCACCCUCCACUUCUUCCUGUGGGAUCGAUCAUUGGCUUCUUCAAGCGGGGCCACCACCAGGUUCAAGGUUAAUUCUUCUUCCCCAUCAGCGCUUCCGUUUCCACCGGGAAUGCAAUUCUCAAGCAAUCCGAGUGCGAAUCAGAUAGUUCCCUUGCCUUCUGAAGUUCCAAGUGAGGAUGAAAUCGUGGAAAACAGUGUUGAUAGAGAUACCACUGGAGAAGUCUCAUUUAGGUUCCGCGAUUUUGCACUGCCAAAUAAUUGGAUAUGAUUUUCCAUUUUCGUUUGUUCCUUUCUCUCAGGUUGUCUUGGUUAAUGUAUGUAUAUAGUAUACAAUUUGAGUCAUAAUAUAUUGUUCAUUUCAGCUUGUAUAAUUAUUCAAGUAUCGCUGAAUUGUACAAUUCGGCAUUUGCAUAGGUUUUAUGCCUUGUCAUGUUGACAUUUCCAUGUGUUAAGGCUUCUGUGAUUGCAGUCAAGUUCGGUUUGAGCUAAGUCAUGU